AAUAUAUUUGCUUUAAUCAUGGCAGACACCGCCUACGAAAGAGUAUUGUGUGUUAAAAAUGAAGUUCUUGUGUAUAAAAUACCCCCUCGACCGUCAAAUAGAGGAUACAGAGCUGAUGAGUGGAAGUUGGAUGCCCCUGACUGGACAGGGAGAUUGCGCAUUGUCUCUCUGGAGAAGGAGUUAUUCUUGAAGUUGGAGGAUAAGAACAGUGGUGAGCUGUUCGCACAGUGUCCGGUGGACGCAUACCCGGGGAUCGCGGUAGAGCCAGUGAUGGAUUCCAGUCGUUACUUUGUGAUCAGAAUCAAAGACGGCAGUGGACGGAGCGCAUUUAUAGGAAUUGGCUUCCACGACAGAUCAGAUUCCUUUGACCUCAACGUCGCCAUCCAAGACCAUUUCAAGUGGCUGAAACAAGAGGCAGAAGAAGCCAGCAAUGCCAAGUCUUUGGAAGCAGCGCCAAAGUUAGAUCUGGGGUUCAAAGAAGGGCAGACAAUCAGACUGAACCUCGGGACAAAGAAAGGCGAUGCAAGGCCGCGCAACAAACCAGCAGCCAAAUCUGGGGGUGCGCUGGGCUUCCUGCCCCCUCCCCCCGGUGGAGUGAGGAUACCCCCGCCCUCAGGCGCCUCCUCGGCCUCCUCCUCCUCCUCCUCCUCCUCGUCGCCACAGCCUGCCGCUAGUCACAUGAUCGCUCCCCCGGCCUCGAGCACAUUCCAGACACAGCAACAAGGACAGAGCGGCGUGGACUUACUGCUGGACCUGGGAUCCUCUGCCCCACCCAGCGAGCCCCUCAAGCCCACAGCCCAGAACCCUCCAGACCUGUGGGGAGACUUCACGGGUGCCACUGGAUCUCAAGCGUCGUCUUCCAACAACAGUGGGGGUGACUGGGUGCAGUUUUGAUGCUGCUGAGCUCUAUUAUAUCUAUUCAUCUUUUGUUGUCUUGUUUCCUCACUCUUAGUGCAAUUUACUGUAGAGUCAGCCCAUCUGUUCUCGGCAUGCUCGUCAUGUUUUCCCAAUAUUUCAACUCGUGUGUGUGUGGGAGUGACAGUGCCAGGGGUAACCUUUACUUAUGCUGUGUUUGAUUUUGACCCUCCUAAAAAUGUGGGGACGUGUAUGUUGUGUAUGAUCCUCUUUUAAAAUGUCCUGUUCCCGAUUCUUCGGAAGUCUUAAUUAAUUAAGGGAACGUGAGAGAGUGCAAUGUGAUUUUUAUCCAAGCGCAAACUUUUUGAUUUGGUGUAUAGUGAAUCGAGUGCAUUGAUUGGUUGUUGUAAUUUUAGACAGAUUAGUGACGGGUUAUUUUUCCGUUUGAAUCAGUCCUCUGUUUGUCUCAUAGCAUGAUUUAUCCGCCGUUGGUUGGCUAGGCCAGUCACGGUUUCUCCAGAGCCCCUUUAGCCAGCAACGUUUUGGGGUGAUAGCUACAGGAGAUGAUAUGUUGUGUUUUCUCUACCCUGUACUUUGUUCUAACUUAAAAUCAUAGAUCUAGUCUUAGUGAGUGCAUGGCUGUCUAUUUCCUCUCUGUGGGAUUCCAACUUGUGUGUGUGUGUGGG